AUGAUUUCCAUACCUCAGUCCCAUUUCGACUGGGAUCAAGAUGCCAGGAACCCGUUUAACUGGACCUGGCACCGAAAGUGGACGACCGUCGCCGUGGCGUGCUGGGUAACCUUCAUCACCGGCCUCAAUGCGACAUCCAUCACCACAGCCGCCGAAGUCAUCUCUCACCAAUUCCACCUUCCAGAUGAUCGGAUUGAGGUCAACUUCUUUGCCGUCGUGGCAUGGAACGCCGCUGCCGCAUUUGUACCCCUUGUCACGCUUCCGCUCAUGGACACAUACGGUACGAGGACAGGAUAUCUGGCGUGCUAUGUGCUCUUCACCAUCUUCAUCAUUCCGCAGGCGCUGGCACAGAACUUCGCCACCCUUGUGGUGAGCCGUGUCUUUGCCGGCGCGUUUGGCGGCACAGUGCAGAAUGCGGCCGACGGCAUCAUAGCCAAUGUGUUUCGCCAUCACCAUGAGCGAGCCUUGCCUUUAACCAUUUAUAUCCUGGCCUUACUCAUGGGAGUAACCAUAGGACCCGUUCUUGGUGCUGUUUUUGAGCCUCUGAAUUGGCGAUGGAUAUUCUGGAUUCAACUUAUCAUAUGUGGAGCGACCUUGCCUCUUGUUGCUUUCUGGGCGGAGGAGACUCGAGGUUCCGUCAUUCAAGCGCAGAUCUUCUCAAAGACCGAAACCGCUGCCCCGGCCAAAUUGUCUGAGGAUGAAAAUCCGGUCAAAAUGCUUAAAGAGACCAUUACACGCUCUGCCAAAUUCUUGGUGGCCGAGCCAACAAUCACCUCGUUUACCUUAUGGUCCUCUUUUGCGUUCGGCCUCGUCUUCAUCUCGACUCAGUCGGUCCCUCUCGUGUUCGCUCGGGCAUAUGGUUGGGGUUCCUACAGUAGUGGCUUGGUCCAGUCCGCCAUCGCCAUCGGAGAGAUUGUUGGCUUUGCGGCCUGCUUCUAUCAGAACCAUAUAUACGUGAGAAGCGCGAGGCAUGGCAUUCCUAGUACCGCGGACGUGGAAGAAAGCCAGGAGUAUCAUGACCCGGUUCCCGAAUCCAUAUUGUACCUCUCCAUUCCGAGCACGGCGAUAGCAUUAUCCGGCGGCCUGUUCAUGUAUGGCUGGAGCAUCUUCCAGGCCCAUUGGGUUGUCACCGCCCUGGCGCUGCUACUGAUUGGUUACGCAAGUAUGGUGAUUGUAACGGCUGUCACGAUUUACAUUACACAUUCAUAUGCCGGGUUUGCUGCCAGUGCCAUUGCUGCCAUUGCAUUUGGUGAGAACUUAGUUGCGGCUUUCCUGCCUUUAGCCGCAAAGCCCAUGUACAAAGACUUGGGAUAUCAGUGGGCCAGUAGCUUGCUCGGGUUCGUCGCUCUGAUCCUGACGCUUGCUCCUAUUAUCCUCCUGUGGAAGGGCCCUGCUAUCCGAGGUAGAAGUAAAAUGGUACAGAGUUUUCCACGCUGA